GAUGAGGGACUCGUAAUCAAAGGGCGCGAGCAGUUUCGGGCAUGCGUAUUGUGGACCAAAAAAAAACAUUCUGCAUUUUUUGAUCAGUUCAGACUCUACGAUUAUCACAGAUUUUUGAAACACAAGUGAAUGUUUUCCUCGUAUCCGCCUCACCACCUUAAUGAUGAAAAAAAGAAAUACAUAUGGAACCAGUCUCGAUAAAAGUGAAACUAGAGUCCUGAGAUAGUGGAGUAACAGCAGCUCUUGUAGUUGGGCGUCGCCAGAAAAUUCAUUUUUGUGUGCAGGAGAAAUUCAAAAGUAUGGGCGACAAUUACAUUAGGUUAGAAAACUAUGAAAUGCUCAAAGCGUUGUACGACUUUAAAGCAACAUUCGCCAAGACCCUGAGUUUCAGCGAGAGUGAUCACUUCAUACUCCACCAAUCAAACACGAAGCAGAGAAACUGGUGGCAGGUGGUCAACAAUGCAGGCCAACUCGGUUACAUUCCCUCCAACUACGUGACAACCGUUAAAGUUGAGCCCCAAUUCAUGAUAAAUUUUCUCGACGAGUGCAUUGAGAAAUUGCGAACUGAGUUUUCAAAUCCAGGAGCACCAUUGCCAAUCGACAAGCAGGAUCUACUUCAAAGACUGAUCGAGAAGAAGAGACAGGCGGAUCUGAGCAGAAAACCUAAGAAACAGGCGCCACAGCCUCCAACGUUCACUAACUCAUCGCCAGUGAAGGAGCCGUCGACCCCUCAAGAACCUAAUGACGAAAAAAUAAAUAAACUAGUCAGUAAUGACAGACCUAAAGGGAAGAUCUACCCUUACGAAGGAGACACCAAUACCAGCCCUCAACUUAAAUCAGAACGCAAGAGUUCCAUCACCGAGCAGCCACCCAGGCCUCUGUUUCUCCGACAAACAUCAUCAGAGAUGGUACAGCACGUACAUUGUGAGAAGGAUGACAUUCAGAAAAGUGUAUCACAAUCUACCGUACGACAGACUCGAUCAUCGCCGAAGAAGAGUAAACAAUCGCCAUUGGAACUUGAUUCCCAUGCAGCUUACAAAAUUCUCAACGAAGUGAGAAAACAUACUCAAUUAAGCUACGAAAUGUCAAAACUGGCUGUGACUGUGGUCGUUUCUGGACUCCAGCAGUAUUUACCGUGUAAUAUUAGUCAUUACUUCGACAUUGUACUGAAUCAAUUAGAGAAACCACUGAUGAUAUCGAAUAUGAGUAUUGAGGAGACCUACGAUGCCGAGAGGUUGAAGGUCAUUUUCAUUGAAUUGACUUCCUGCAAAGAGGAUUCACAACAAAGAAGUUGGAUGCUCUACGAGGACGAGGCCAUUAUAGUAGAUUAUAUCAAAGAACUCACUUCUAUCCUGACGAAUGCUGAUGCCAACGUUUCAAGACAUGCUCUGAGGUUGGACCAGUACAAUGGAAUCAAUACGUUGAUACAGUACUAUCAGAUGGAAGCGAGGUGGACUAUCAGGCAAUUACUCCUUCAAUCCUUCGGUGUCAUGUGCAGCUUGGAUCCUGUCGUUGUUACCAUCAUGCUCAAUAGUAUUCUUCCCAUGGAGCUCGCCAGGGACAUGAGGAGUAACCCCAGAAAUGUUCCGAAGUUGAAUUAUUCUUCUCUUCUACUUACCAUGAUUUUUUCAAUGGGAGAACGAAUGCCGAUUACUCAUGUCGAGCAGUUGGGACCGGAGUUCAUAUCAUUUCUCUUAGAGUUAAUCGAGGACCCACCGGAUACCGAUUUGGACGAUCAAAUUCCUGAUCUGUUUCUCAAUUUGAUAUUGUCGUAUAAUCUUCAGUUCAGUAAUUCGGAGAAUAUUUUGCUGAGUUCGCUGAAGACCCGGUCCAAUGCUAAAACUUUCACGCAGAAGAUUCUACUUCUGCUUAAUCGAGAAGAGGAUCCUGUCCGGAUAUUUGACCACGAACCUGCACCACCUCAUUCAGUCCUUAAGUUAUUCAUCGACUUGUUCGGAAGCGAAAUAACUGCAUCGCUAUUUUAUACGAAUGAUGUCAAAGUUCUUAUUGAUAUUGUACUGAGACAGUUAUUUGACAUUCCACCUGGGGAAAAGAGACGACUAUACCUGGAGCUCUGCCGACGUGUCUUACGAACGUCGGGCUAUGACGAUCAUCGACAUAGAUCUGAAGAUCUUCUCAAAUGUUUUACGCGGAUAUUUUGCGAAGAAGGACCAGAGAGUCAAGGGGAUCAACAAUUGAUACGUGAAAUCAGCGUUGAAUUUCCGAAUCUCUUCAAAAUGUGACAUUUAUUACACCCCUCCUUGUACAGGGAGGUGGACGAUGAUGAUCUGCACACUCUUGUUUAAAUUUUAUGACAUAGAAUGUCAUCCUGUUAUAUUUUUUUGAAUGGAUGAUUUUGACGCUUUGUGAAGAUACUCACUCAUUUUAUCAAUAUCUCUGUAAAUUGAAUAAUUGAACCAGUGAUGAGAUGACUCUAAUGAUGAGCCGGUCAUUCACAAAAUAUAUUUAUCCUAUUACUGGUUCAUCCGAUAAAUAAUCAGAAGUAAUUCGCUGUUAGCUUUUCUUUCAAAUUUCGAAAAUUCUAAAAAGAUUUCAUCUCUUUUAAUGGAGUAUUGCUGGAGGUCGUAAUUAUGCAGAAAGUAACUCUAGAUAAUGUUUGAAUGCCAUUGCAAUUACUCAGACCGUCUUAUCUGACAAAUUAGAAAGUUAAAGAAUGAUAAAGUAGAAAUAUAUUUGAAGAGAAGAAAAAUAAUUAGUAAUUAUGAAAAUACAAUUGAAUCUAAGGACGUA